AUGCAGCCUCACGCUUGCUUGCUCUUGGUGGUGAUGGUAGUGCGAUACUGGAUGCUGUCAAGUGGCGACCAUCUAGUCGCUCGAGCCAGCGAUCUCAGUAAUGAAUAUCCAUCAUCAAUGUCACUGUGUGGAGAGAAUCUAGCCAAGGAGACCGGCAUUCUUAACGAUCUCUACUACGUGUACUACCAAUCGUCCGCCAAAAGAAAUGGUGUUCCUGUGCUUCUGUGGCUCUCUGGCGGUCCUGGUUGCUCUGGGCUUGUCGCGUUGCUAUUCGAGAAUGGGCCUUGCUCAUUUGACGACGAAACCGACACAAUCUCCCUCAAUCCGUACGCAUGGACUGGCCUCGCUCAUGUUAUCUACCUCGACCAGCCUAAAGGCACAGGAUACAGUGAUGGAGACCAUGGAAUUACGCGUCCUUGGUCACUUGACGGUGCAGCUGACGACAUGCACGAGUUCCUCCGCCUAUUCUACCAGCAACAUCCAGAGCUCAAAACGAACGACUUUUACAUAUUCGGAGAGAGUUAUGCUGGUCAUUACGUACCAGACCUAGCAGCCAGACUGCUCAAAGACAGCUCAAUUCCAGUGCUGAAAGGCAUAGCGAUCGGGAAUGGCGUCGUGUCCACAACUGCCUGGGUCGAGUCAAUGAUUCCUUUCUUCAAAGCAAACGAAUACGGCUACGAUUUCCUUGGCUCGAAUGAAAAAAUAUUCCAGAUUUUUCGUGAUCAGUUCGAUUCAGCGCUUGCAAGGUGCAGGAGUGGAAAUGCCAGCUCUGACUGCAGUGAGGCUCUGCAGAGCCUCACGGACUUUGAAGGAGCAGUUUCCUCCUCAGUCUGCAACCUUGGCCGGAACGUGUAUGAUGUGCGACGCGAAUGCCAUUAUGACGAUGCCCUCCAAUUAUGUUAUCGUUUUUCUCGUCUCCAGGCAUUUGUCAACACCCCGAUCACAGCUUCGUACUUUGGUCAAGUCGCUCACGAAUGGAGAUUGUGUUCUGCCGGAGCACUCCCGGAAUUGGCAGAAAUGGAUCAACUUGAGGAGAGUGAGUCGAAUGUCGCUCGAGUUCUUGAAUGUGGUGUUAGAGUGCUUGUUUACGGCGGUGACGCAGAUACAGUCGUUAAUUGGAUGUCCCAGGACUCGUGGACACGCGCUCUGUUAUGGCAGCAUCAAGCGGAAUUCAGCUCCGCCACUUUUAGUGAACAAAAGUUCGACGGUCAACCGAUCGGCCGUAUACGGACGUCACACGGUCUCAGCUUCAUGAAAGUCUAUAACGCCGGCCACAUGGUUCCUCAUGACCAGCCUGCCAUGGUGUAUGAGAUGGUUCGAAGCUUCCUGUACGAUGGUCCAAGCGUCGGCAUGUUCAGUUAA